CUGCUGAUGAGACCAGGAAGUUUGCCAUUUACAACUACUACCGCGCACGCGUUGUCUGCAGGGGAGAAGCUAGUUGAUCUGUCGCCACCACACAAGGCUACAACUAGCCUAGCAUGGUAGACUUUGAAAAACAUAUAGCUAUACAUCUUACGUAUCUAGAAUGUUUCAAACGCAGUUUUACAUUGUUUAGCAAAAUAACUGAUGGUGAAAUGAAUGGCUGAGAUACGAUUCGUUGCAUUUAGUGGAAGCAUGGAAAUGAAAGAGUGGGAUCUCUAGACAGCACCAUGAAGCAGUCAGUGAUAACCUAGGUCCUAGGGAACUCGGAUCUCUAACCAUUACUUUGAUCACUCGUCCUGAGAGGUGCGUACAUGGGAUUCCCAACAAUAGCAUGAAAUAUAAGCAUUCCUAUCAAGAUCUGCUGGAAAGGUUAAGUGUUAAAGCUGCUGCUGAAGGGGGAAGCUGGCCAUGUCACGGGUUCCUUCCCCUCCUCCACCAGGGGACAUGUCUACUGGACCUGUGGCAGAGAGCUGGUGUUACACACAGGUGAAAGUAGUCAAGUUCUCCUACAUGUGGACCAUCAAUAACUUCAGUUUCUGUAGAGAGGAAAUGGGGGAGGUUUUAAAGAGUUCCACCUUCUCCUCUGGACCCAACGACAAGAUGAAAUGGUGUCUGAGAGUCAACCCAAAAGGACUGGACGAUGAAAGCAAAGAUUAUCUGUCGCUGUAUUUACUUCUUGUUAGUUGUCCAAAAAGUGAAGUCAGAGCCAAGUUCAAGUUUUCCUUAUUGAACGCUAAAAGAGAAGAGACUAAAGCUAUGGAAAGCCAAAGAGCCUAUCGGUUUGUCCAGGGGAAGGACUGGGGCUUCAAGAAGUUCAUUAGAAGAGAUUUCCUGCUUGAUGAAGGCAACGGGCUGUUACCCGACGACAAGCUCACCCUGUUCUGUGAGGUGAGUGUGGUGCAGGACUCGGUGAACAUCUCUGGCCAGUCCAACAUUAACAUGCUGAAGGUCCCAGAGUGCCAGCUGUCAGAUGACCUGGGGAACCUGUGGCAGUGUUCCCGCUUCACUGACUGUUCCCUCUAUGUGGGAGGGCAGGAGUUCAAGGCUCACAAAUCCAUCCUGGCAGCGAGAUCUCCCGUCUUUAGCGCCAUGUUCGAACAUGAAAUGGAGGAGAGUAAAAAGAACCGUGUGGACAUCAGUGAUGUGGAGCCAGACGUGUUUAAGGAGAUGAUGGGAUUCAUCUACACAGGGAAAGCUCCCAACCUGGACAAGAUGGCCGACAACCUGCUGGCAGCUGCUGACAAAUAUGCCUUGGAGCGUUUAAAGGUGAUGUGUGAAGAGGCUCUGUGCAACAGCCUCUCUGUGGAGAACGUGGCUGAUACCCUCAUCCUGGCGGAUUUACACAGUGCCGAGCAGCUCAAAGCACAAGCCAUAGAUUUUAUCAACAGGUGCAGUGUCCUCCGACAGCUGGGCUGUAAAGAUGGGAAAAACUGGAAUAGCAAUCAUGCCACGGACAUAAUGGAGACGGCAGGCUGGAAGUCAAUGAUCCAGUCCCACCCUCACUUAGUGGCCGAGGCCUUCAGAGCCCUGGCAUCGGCACAGUGCCCGCCCUUCGGCCUGCCGCGGAAACGCCUAAAACAGUCCUGACUGCUACAGCCCUCUGAUCCAGACUGAGAGCUGAGACAGCAUGGAGACCCCCACCCGAGCAG